GAGGGAGGGAGAGAGAGAGAGAGGUCAGCAAGAGAUAGAGAGGGUCGUCAAAUUGAGUGGCGAAGGCCGAAGGGUUUGUGCUUGUGCUGCUUCUUUAAUUACUUCUUGGGUUAUAUUUAUAAAUAUAUUUUGUGGUCGUCGCAAACAGGAGGAGGAGGAGGAGGAGAGGGAGACGAGACCUAACCAAGAAGAAGAUAUCAGAAAAAAAUAGCUAAGAUUCAGCUGCAAUUUCGGUCUCACUUCAUCUUGUGCUGGUCUAUGGCAAACUUUAGAUUUGUUUCUUCAAUCACCGAGCUUCGUAAAGGAUUUGGCUAACAAAUUGUGCAAUCUUUAUACAUGUAAAUUUAUAGUUUUAUUUCCUUAUUUUGCUAGAAAAGUUAGAGUGAUAAACAGAUAAGAAAACAAGGAUGAACUUGUCUACUAAAAAAGGGACCAUUAUGAGUGAUAAGAUAGGUACUACAAGCAGCGUCAAACCUUUGAACCCAAAUGCUGCAGCAUUUGUCCCAUUUGCUCUCAGAUCAUCGACUGAAAGCUCCAACAAAGCUGAUAUCCUUUCAAGCCAGACAUUGGGAAAAUCCGUUAUUGAUAGAUCCGAGUCAUUGAUAUCCAAUAUCUCUGACGACGAAAUUCACCAAUAUUGGCGUCAACAGCUUCCAGAUGAUAUUACACCUGAUUUUGAGAUCAUGGGCCAAGACGAGCAUCACGGGAUUAACAACCUUCCUUUUGCGAAUUUAUGCUUGCAAGAGAAUCAAGACCUUGCUUUGAAAGAGCAGGUUGAAUUACCAUUAAGUGGUACUGUGGGCAACAACUUUGCCAGUAAAAUGAGGUAUUCCGUGCCUUAUGGGGAAGAUGUUUCUUCUACUAACUUCAUCCAUUUGCCAAAUAAACCAUGGGAUGAUUCUGUCCUGAAAAAUGACCAGCUUCUUACCUCCUCUAUUGAGGGUUCUCUCUACAAUGGGAGUUCUGUAGCCGAUGCCCUGGAUGAACAUUCUAUGGUGGAACACCCAAACCUUAAUCCUUUUGAGCUUAUGGCUAUGCGAUUUCCUGGUUUUUCCGCAGAGAGCCUUGGGGAUGUCUAUAUUGCUAAUGGAUGCGAUUUGGACCUGACAAUUGAUAUGCUUACUCAACUAGAGUUGCAAGUUGAUAGCAGCAGCUUUAAUCCGAAUCAGAACUCAAAGGCCUUGUCAACUCCAAAUUUCAAUGGACUGGAUUUUCCUGCACUUCCGGUGUCUGAUAAUCAAAAUGGUGCGGGAAGAUAUUUUGGGGAAGAUCUCCAUCAACCAUUUAGUCCUUAUAAGUCAACCAGCAAGGAUAAUUUGCUCUCGUUCACGACUAGCUCAACAAUUCAACCAAGAGGUGCAGUAGACUUUGCAUCAGCAGUUAGGAAAAUGGCAUCCCGGGAAUCUAAUAUAAGGAAAUAUGAUAGAAAUGGCUCACCUGUUGCUUCUACUACCGUGGGUUCAAGCAGAAGCUCAAAUUUGUUGGGGAGUUCUUUUAGCAAUGUGCAGACUAGGGGCAUUAGUGGUGAUGGGUUUCAAAGUCGAACUUCAUCGCGAGCAGCCCCUUCAUGGCUGGAAACUGGUGAAGCAGUCGCAAAUAUGUAUUCUGAGAUGCGGGAGGAAGCUCGUGAUCAUGCACGCGUACGUAAUGCAUACUUUGAACAGGCACGGCAGGCCUACCUAAUUGGCAACAAGGCUUUAGCGAAAGAGUUGAGCGUAAAAGGACAACUACACAACAUGCACAUGAAAGCUGCCCAUGGAAAAGCCCAAGAGUCUAUUUACCGCCAGAGGAACCCUGAGAUUCAGGGGAAUGGUGGGAGAGUAGAAGAAAGAAUAAUAGACCUACACGGGCUUCAUGUGAAUGAGGCGAUCCCUGUUCUAAAGAGGGAGCUGGCUCAACUGAGGGCUGCAGCUAGGUCUGAAGAUCAACGGGUGCAGGUUUAUAUUUGUGUAGGGACAGGCCACCAUACUAGGGGUUCACGCACCCCUGCUAGACUCCCAAUUGCUGUACAGCGAUAUCUGCUCGAGGAGGAAAGCCUAGAUUACUCUGAACCUCAGCCCGGUCUGCUCCGAGUAGUUGUGCGUUAAGAAGGCAGCAGCAGCAGCAGGUAUAGAAAGCUUUUUUUUUUUUGACAAAUAGAUAAUCGAGCUAUCAUCAGAUCAGUGAUCAGAAAGAAGAAAAAAAAAUAAAAAAAAGUUCAUCUGUACAUGGAAAGUGGUGAAUAUCGGGCAGAUGAUGAAAUGGGAAAACUGUAUAAUGUAACUCCAGAUGAUGAUCCAUAGGAGCAGGAGAAGUGAGCUUGUUUUUGUUGGUUGUUGUAAUAUUACUGUAAGUUCUUACUUUGUUUGUUAUUCCUUGUUUUUUUUAUUGAAUAUUUCAAUCUC